UUUUCUUUUAAACUUACUGUGAGCCAAACAGACCAAAGCCUCUUGCCUUUUAAGAUAUUCAGGAGUGGAUCUGUAUGUGAUUUGCAAAUAUGCAUGGCAGGUAAUUGCUCACAACAAAGGGCAACGCAUGAGCCUGUGGGCUUCAGCUCAAAAACAAGAGUCUGUGGGGUCAGUUUUAAACAGCACAAACUGAGAAAUUAGAUGUGGGAAGUUACAUGAGCCCAAAGACUUUCAGAGCUGCCAACAAAAUAGCUUAAAACUGAGGUGUGUGGCAGCCAGAGAAUAGGUAGGGUGGUAUAAAGCCCUCUGCACUGCUUCAAACUAUAAAGACUGCAUCUCCCACCAGCUGACUAAUGGUGCUUUGUUUUAUUUCUUGGAUGACCAUGCAUGUUACAACUGCUGUGAACUAUUCUCCUGCUACAUAUGCAGGCUCUUUCAUGAGAGGUGACCAUAGCCAUGUAAGCGGUGCCUCCCAACCUAUGCGUCAGGGCAAUGCCCUACAGCUUGCUGCAUUAGAGAGACAAGUGUUCGAUUUCCUGGGAUAUCAAUGGGCUCCUAUUCUAGCCAAUUUCCUCCACAUCAUCAUCGUUAUCCUUGGCCUCUUCGGAACUAUUCAGUAUAGGCCACGCUACGUAGUGGUGUAUGCCAUCUGGACUGCCAUGUGGGUCACCUGGAACAUCUUCAUCAUCUGCUUUUACUUGGAGGUGGGAGGACUUUCUAAGGACAGCGAACUUUUGACCUUUAAUAUCUCCCAGCAUCAGUCAUGGUGGAGUGAAAAUGGCCCUGGCUGCGUAAGGAAGGAGGCUUCCAUGGCUGGCAUAAAGGGAUUGGACAGCCACUCUUACAUCUCUGUGAUUGGCUGUGCUCUAGAGUAUCGGUACAUUGAGGUCAUGCACAGCUCGGUCCAGAUUCUGGUAGCGCUGGUGGGCUUUGUCUAUGCCUGUUACGUUGUCAGUGUUUUUACAGAAGAAGAGGACAGCUUUGAUUUCAUUGGUGGAUUUGAUCCAUUUCCUCUCUACCAUGUCAAUGAAAAACCCACCAACCUUUUGUGCAAGCAGACAUAUCUGCCUGCGUAAGUGAGGAAGAUCCACAAGCUCGAUAAAUCUUUUGCACCCAGCAAUCAAAGGCGCUGCAAGAAAUGAAGCCAUCCUUGGUCUAGAUCUGUGGCAGAGGAAAUGCUAGGAUAAUGAAAUCCAUUCCACUUCAGUUUUUUUACACAAUGAAUGUACAUUGAUGAAUGGCCUCUAGGUUUAUUUUCAGUUUGUGAGUGUCCUGAUGAACCGUUAGUCCGUGGCCUGGCCUUGUUGACCCAUGGAUGGGACAGGCUUGGCUGAGAUGGACAAGUCCAACGGGAACCCUUCACGCUUUCUUGAGCAUCAGAGUUGAACAGCUGGGAACUUCUUCCUUCCACCAUGGAUCUAUAAAGAAUAAAGUCCUGCCAAUCCCAGUG